AUGGCCCACCAGCCAGAAUCGACGACAUCAUCAGAGAAGUCCUUGUCGUCGCGUCUGUUUAAUAAGAUCAAUUUUAGUCUUGGUGCCCCUCCGCAGUCACUGCCCGUCUGCCACUCUUCCCCCUCGCCGCCUCCUGUGGCAGAUAACGGGUCAGAAACGUCUAACACCAGCGACGCGUCGUCAGAGUCCAGCAGUAUGGUGUGGAAUCCGUCACCUCCUCCAUUCCCACCUUCACUGGUUGAGGUGGCAGAUGCCGAGGUGGAGAUGCUGAGCGCGUCAGAGCAGUCCUACAGUACUCCGAGCAGCACAAUAUAUUAUCAGCCAUAUCAUCCCCGUAUUCUGUCGCCAAUCCCGGAGGGCGGUAGCAUUUUUGACGACGAGCCAUGUUAUCCCCCAGAUGAGGAAUCAACACUCGAUGAGCCGCCUAAUGUUGACGAAACCCCACCGAGUCCUCUGCCCAAAAAGAAUCCGCCUGUUCCACCACGAGGAGACAUUGUCAGUUGUUUAUUGCCUCUCACUCUGUCAGCUGGGUCUACCGCCUCUGUACCCCCCGGAUAUCUUCGGAUAUGUGGACGCACUGCACCUACUCCAAGGGAUCGGCCACCCUUUGAAGGACCUCCGUCACCAUCCUCGUGCAAGGGUAUCAUAGACUUCCCUUACGACUUUCCCACUGAUGACACCCCACGAUCUGCUUCUCCUUUUGGCAGGAGCGAUUCCGAGUUGAGCCGCAAUAGCUCUAGCACCGACGAAGUUCAAUCAGACAGCAAAGUGUCGACUGGACGUUGGAAGCGACUGUUUCGCAGUCGGAAAUCAUCUAAGCCAUCGGUGCCUCCACCCGCCUGCCUUCCGGAAUCUCCGACUCUGGUCGUAUCAGAGUUCGGCGCCGUUGAGUCUGCAGAGUCACUGCCGAACGACGAAAAACAGCCAUCUUUAGGCCGUAAUGUGCUCAAAAAAGCUCCCAAAAAACCCGCUAACCUGGAGGUGCCAACAAAAAGCGAGGCGAAAAGCGUGACCAAGGUAUCCCGAAAAUUUCCUGCGCUGCUGACGAUCAACUCUGCAGCUUGGUUCUCAGACUCAGCAUCUGGCAACGAGGCCCAACUUUCCAUAUUCCCCGCUGACGGUUCUCCUCCACCUACUCCGCUCCUGAGUGCUCAUGAUCUGGGUAAAGUUAACGCGUUCUAUGCGCCGGUACCAAUACUACCACCGUCACCUAGGCCACCCAUGACGCCUAAACUGCCCACAACGCCUCAAGUCCCGACGACGCCUGACCCCCCCUCGACUCCGAACAUCCCACUUACCCCCAGAUUGCUAUAUCCCCCCAAUACGAUAUCAAGCUACAAGUCGACGCCCUCUCUCAGAACAGCUCGGAGCGCCGACACCGAUAGUUCUAAAUCCCUACAUUCCGCUCACUCGUCCAAAUCCACCAGGACUGUUCCCCCUCCCAAACCAGCUCCCACCUACGAACCACCUCCUACGCCAACGUCCAAGGAGGAUAAGAGGAACACCAUCUACUUCGUGAUCGAACCGGAAUGGGACCAGAACCCGGACGAGGAUGUGCCCUUCCAACUCGUUCCCAGAGAGGCUGUUCCUACAGGCGAGCGAACGGCGUGCUUGGAUGUUUUCAGUGCCCGUAUGUCGUUGCGGCCACGGUCCGUUUCGGAUCCAGAGUUUUUGGCUGCUUCGGUGGCGAAGAGUCUAGCGUCUGUUGUUGAAGGAGCUGGGUAUUGA